UUAUUUUUAGAAUAAACAUUUCAUGUGACUGGGAACUGAGCUAGUGUUUCUUUUGAAGAAAUAGUUCUUGUAAAAUCUUUUUUGGACUAUUGCAUAUUUGAAUAUCUAUAGUAUUAAAUUGGAUGUGCAUAUUUUUGUAAUGUCUGAAAAGUUUUCUAGAAAUUACAAUUUGGAAUUUUUUAAAGGAUAAUUUUAGGGAAAAUAAUGAAACGAAAUCAUCACUCAAAAAUACCAUUGAAGGAUGGAAGUGAUUGUACUGUUUCUAAAGUCAAAUCUAAAAAUAUACCAAGCAAUCAGCUGUCUGAAGAAAUUGAAUCUUCCUUUAGUAGAGAAAUUCAUGCUUCUGAAGAUCAUUUGGCCAAAAUGCAGUUUAAACAUCCUUCUAAAUUACCCAGGGUAAUGUCAAAGGAAAAGGAUUCCAGUGUUGGAAAUGUUCCAGAAAAAAAAAUUGAAUCCAGGAAUAAAGGAUUUUCUGACCAUAAAAAUCCACAUUAUAAUAAAAAUUCAAGAUUUGAAGACUCUCGAUAUUAUUCUACUGACUAUGAUAAUAGAGGUGAUAUUCCACAUAAAAGGACUAAAGAGACAGAAAGAGAUGAAGAAGUUUCUUACCAUGACAAACUCUAUUAUAAAGAUAGCUCAAGAUCUGAAAAUUAUAAAAGAACUAAAGAAAUAGAAAUGGAUAAAAGAAGUCACUCUGGUAGACCAUAUUAUAAUGCACAAUUUGAAGAUCAAAAUUAUUAUUCUGCUAACUAUAAUGAUAGAACUGACUUCUCACAUAAAAGAACUAAAGAAAUAGAAGUGGAUAAAAGAAGUCACACUGGUAAACCAUAUUAUAAUACACAAUUUGAAGAUCAAAAUGAUUGUUCUGCUAACUAUAAUGAUAGAACUGACAUCUCGCAUAAAAGAACUAAAGAAAUAGAAAGAGAUAAAAGAAGUCGCACUGAAAUAUCUGACAAUUACAGACCAUAUGAUAAUGCAAGGUUAAGAUCUGAAGAUCCUAAUUAUUAUUCUGCUGGCUAUGAUGAUUCAUUUGAUGUUUCACAUAAAAGAACCAAAGAAAUGGAAAGAGAUAGAAGAGGCCUCAUUGGAGAUUCUAAUCAUCGUAGACCAUAUUAUAAUGAAGCUAUUAGUAUUGAAGAUGAAAAUUAUUUAUCUAUUGGACAUGAGAAUCAGGCUGAUGUCCCACAUGAAAAGACAAAAGACAGAAGUGGUAAAAGAAAAUUAGAAUUACAAAAAGAAAAUCCUUCACAUACAGAAAUAGGAUAUCAUUCCAGUAUCAAUGCUCAUAUUCCUUUUCAUUCUGAAACUGCUUCAGUGGCUGAUUGUGACAGAAUUCCAAAUGCUACAAAAAUACCUGAUGCUGGGCAUGAAAUAUAUGAUGAAAAAAGUACAAUGUCUAAACAAUUAUUUUGGUCCAGGAAAAAAGAUUUUUUACAUGGAUAUGAUAAUAGAGCUGUGAGUAUUGAAGAUGAAAAAAGUUAUGUUGGUGACAAUUCUAAGAACAGAUAUGAUACAGUUUUGUCAUUUGAAAGUGGACCAGAUCAUAAAAAAGAUAAAGAAAUGAUAAGGCAUUCUAAAGUUAAUUAUUGUACUAAUCGUUCAUAUGAUGACACAUCUGGCCAGGAAAUUAAUGACAAUGUAUCUUUAAAAAAUAAAUUUCAAAACAUGCCUGAAGAGAGAAAUAAUGCUGUUUUGCCUAACCAGAUUUUCGAAGAUGUCCAAUCUAAACAUUCCCACAAAAUGAUUAUUCGUGGCAAUUCAUUACAAAGAGACAGAAAUUAUGAUGAAGAACAACAUGAAUUUCAUGAUCAACAAAAUAAUACAAAGAUUCGUAAAAGGCAUGUAGCUAUAAAUGAUGAUGAUGAUGAUGAUGAUGAUUUUCAAUAUGUGGAUGACAAGAAUUUUAAUAGAAAUGCAAAUGCAGAAGCAGUAUCAAAUGUAAAACCACUUACAAUCAAUGAUGCUUAUACAGUAGCAGAAGUUUUGUUAGGUCCGUCUAAACAAAGGAAGUCUUUCACAAUUGACCAGCAAAGCUCUAAUGCAGUGGUAGCUGAAAGUGAAAAUUUGACUAUUAUGGGUAGAAAGUGUUGGUCAAAAAUAUGUUUUAGUGUGUCAUGGCAUUCACAUGCUGUCACUCGCACAAUUCAAAAUAGUUCUGUAGAAAAUAGAGAAGCAAUUUUGGACACUCUACCACUUGGCAGGCCAAAAGAUAAAUCUUGCUGGUCAAAGUGCCUUGAUCUUUUGGGCUGUUUUAAGCAUGCAUCUGCUGCAUUAGAAUUAUGGAAUGAUUCUUUGAAACGUAUUGAAGGAUUGCAAGGAACUGGUGUUGUUUCAUACUUUGUAUUUCUGCGGUGGCUAAUUGCUUUGAACCUUAUCCUGUUCAUUCUUUAUUUUCUGCUAGUCACAUUACCUCAUGCUGCAUUUUAUGUUUUACCUUUGAAAGAUAUCAGCAUUGCCCCAAAUGAAUCUGUGAUAACUGAGGAAUUUUUGAAUAAGUAUGACAAACCUAGACCUACAGAAUUUAAACCCAAAGAAACAAAAAAUUCAUCGCUUCGCUUACAUAGUGAUGAUCUAUUUUCAAAUUGGGGUAUACUUCUGGAUAAUCUCCCAGAUAAUAUUUUAGACAUCACUCUUGCAUAUGAUAAAAGAAAUUAUACAUCUGCUGAGAGGCGUAAUUUUUCUGAGUAUUGUGAAGCACGAUAUAGGACAGAGAUGGAGAAUAAUACUGGAGGUAUUCUGAGUGCAAUGCAGGAUUUACUUCAAGGAACAGGAUGGCUACAGUCAACUAUUCUGUUUCUUGGUUACUAUCCUGCUAAUGAAAUCUCAUAUUUUGGUCUAGUGUAUAAUAUGCCAGUUGCUGUUAUUGCUGUACUUUUUGUUUCUUUUGUGAUUUGUUUGUGCAUGAUGAUUCAGUACUCUUCUCAUGGUGUUCAUGAAACUAUUUUAGCCAGAAAAAAUGAUUACUUGCAAUAUUCAAAUAUCCUUUUCUGUUCCUGGGAUUAUUGUAUUGAAGAUAGAAAAAGUAGUGUUAUUAGGCAUAACAGCAUUUUACAUGAAAUUAAGAGUACUUUGGCUGAAGAACGUAGAAAAAGGGAAAUUAAGGAAUGGUCAAGAGGCAAAAAGAUAAAAGUGUAUUUUUUGCGUACAUUUAUCAACUUAUUCGUUAUUGCUGCAUUGUGUUCUAGUUAUUACCUUAUAUACAGAGUGGUAAACUAUCAAUUAGAGGAAAUGCAAUUGCAUCGCUUGAACAAACCAGGGGUUAAUACUCUUUUUAUUCAGUAUCUUUCUCCUAUAGUCAUUACAGGCCUUAAUAUUUUUGUGCCAAUUAUCUUCAACAAUAUUGUGAGAUUUGAAAUGUAUAACACUCAAACGCAAAUCAAUAUGGCUCUUUUUAGGACUGUAUUCUUGCGCCUUUCAUCUGUAUUUGUUUUAGUUGGUUUGCUCUACCAGCAAAUAACUUGUGAACCUAGAGACAUGUGUGGAGCUGGAAUGUCUGAAACAUGUCGCUCACCUAUUUGUUGGGAAACCUACGUUGGACAACAACUGUAUAAAUUAGCUGUUACUGACUUUUUUGUAUAUGUCAUGAUGUUUAUUCUGUAUGAUGUACCAAGAGAUGUUAUUGUUCGGCAUUUCAAAAACAAGGUAACUCAGAUGGUUGGGCGUCAAGUUUUUGAUCUUCCUAAUCAGGUGCUGGCUCUAGUCUAUUCUCAGACAUUGUGCUGGCUGGGUGUUGUUUAUUCACCUUUAUUGCCAGCUAUUACUGUGAUAAAAUUUAUAGCUAUAUUUUACAUCAAGAAACAAAUGGUUUUAAAGUAUUGUGUUCCUGCUCCUAUACCAUAUAAAGCAUCAAGAAGUAAUGCAAUGUUUAUGAUUAUUCUGAUGCUAUCAUUCUUCACUCUUAUGAUCAUCCACGGAUAUUCACUAUCAAAGGUUGAACCUUCACCUGCUUGCAGUCCUUUCAGGCAUUACUUUGUUAUGACUGAAGCAUUAUCAGAUACAGUUCUUAAGCGUUCAACAACUUUUGCAUCAAUUUUCAACUUCUUUUUCAGUGCCCUUUUUCUAAUUCCUGCUAUAAUUCUUAUGUGCAUAGCUAUUUACUACUACUGGACAAUUGUCGUAGCUCACAGGAAAAUGGUUAAAGUAUUGAAAGCUCAAAUUGCAAUAGAAGGACAUGACAAGCAAUUUCUACUCAAUCGACUAACAGAAGUAGCGAAAGGACAAUUUUAUAAAUGAAAUUUAUAUAAUUUAUUUGAAAAAUUAUAUUUAUAUGUCAAAGACUUGUUGAAAUUUUUUAUUUAAAUCUAGACUUCAUAAACUACUGAGUGCUGAUUGCAAGUAGUGUUGUAUUGCAUGCAAAAAAAAAAAGUAUUUAAUCAUUCUCAAAUAUAAACUUGCGAGUAUCUAAUUUAUCUGAUCAUCAUUCAAAGAAAUGUGCCAGAUCUAACUUGAUCCAACACUUUUCAUUAAAGUAUCAUAAAUUUUACUAAAUUUCUUUUCAUUAUUAUAAAUUCUUCUUAUUAAUUAAUGUGUACUUGGAGUCAAGUGUGAAGAAGUUUAAGAAGCUCGGAGGUAGAUGUAUAUUUAUGUUCAAUAUUUAUUUGUAUAAUCAAAAUAAUUAAUUGCUUGUGGUAUCUCAAUUGUUAGUUUUCUGUACCUGAAUUAAAUGAAUAUUAUAAACAUCACUUUUCAUUUAUACUACCAAUUAUUUAUUAUUUGUAUUUUUUUUAAAUAUAUAUAUACAGUCAUUUUCUUUAAAUAAUUAGUUUUAUAAAAAAAAAUUACAAUUGCUCAUGUAUCUUGCUUCUGGUGUGCUACAAAUAACAGUACAAAAUGUGCAAUGUGCAAAAAUAUCAAAUAAAUUGUUUGAUAUUUUUGCAUUUACAAGCAUGAUUGUGAUGAUCAUUUUAUUUUGCUUUAAGUAAUAGUCACCUCUGGCAACUAGCUAGUUUGCCAGAGGUAUUAGUUAUAUUUAGUUUCAGUUAAAUCAUUUAAAUAAAAAUUUCAUGUCUAUGUUUCUAAAAAUUUCAUGACUUAAUCAAAUUAUCAGAUAUUAAAAUUGUGUUGUUUUUAGUUCAUAUAUGUUAUAUUCAUUAUGUAUAUGAAUUUUUCUAAUGAAAACUAAAUCCAUAACAUAAUAGUCUAAUGUGUCCAUUUCUUCUGUCUUCUAAACUUAUCACUAUUUAACUUCAC